AUGUCUGCGGACGCUGAGCUUAGUAACAUUCUUAGCAGGAGGCAACGGAUCAACGAGGAUCUCGAUGAGGGUAAAGAAGUGAAGAAACAAUACAGAUUUGUUAACGUCUAUACCGAAUUCCAUGAGCUCUCUCGCCGGGAGAUCAAACGAUACGAGCAAACCUUCAACAGAUUCGAUGAUGGACACGAUGGUUAUCUUGAUCUAAAUGAAUUGAAACGCAUGAUGGAAGUUCUAGGAGCACCUCAAACUCAUCUCGGUUUAAAGGCAAUGAUACAUGAAGUUGACGAAGAUGGUGAUGGACGUAUAUCCUUCCGCGAAUUUCUCCUGAUUUACCGUAAGGCACAUGCUGGUGAAUUAGAGCAGGAUUCUGGCUUAGGACAAUUGGCUCGUCUGACCGAAGUAGACGUGGAUGAGGUUGGCGUAUCAGGUGCCAAGAACUUUUUUGAAGCUAAGAUCGAGCAGCUUCGUAAAUCUAGUAAAUUUGAGGACGAAAUUCGUAUGGAACAAGAAGAAAGAAAACGUGAGGAAGCUGAGAAGGCAGCAAGACGCGCACAAUUUAGAGAAAAAGCUGCGAUUUUUAGUAAUAAUUAAAAGAGAAAGAAAAGAAAAAAAUAAAUAUAGGACAGUAUGAAAAGUU